UAUACAUCCUACAAACACAUUGACAGCCUUAAUCUGGAACGCGCUCAAAUAAUGUAAAUGUUCCGAAUUAUUUCUUACAUUUACAACACGCAAAAUUUAAGUGUUCUACUUUCAUUUAUUGGAAUUGCUCUACACUAGUAAAAAACAUUCCAUCAUUUUUAUGGCACGAUACGCGAAACUCGUUGGAAACGGAAACCUGCCUAAAGGGGAAAGUACUGGCAUCGGUCCGGUUUUCGCGGGUUGCGCUUAUUAUCGAAACGAAGAAAGAGAAAAACUAAUUUGCCAGCUGCUAUGUCGGGCGUAUCGGUGACAGACGAGCAGUUAUCGUUAAUAAAGCCAUCUUCGAUUACUUGUUAUUACACGCGGGACGUGUAGGGGCGUGUCUAGGGCCUGGGAGAUCGGCAAGUUGGGAAUUUUUCCCGGUCCGGGGAAUGUUUAGGGAUCCCUAGUGAUUCCCGUUCCUACGAAAUUAACGUUAUUUACUAACAGAGAAGAAAAUCUUUAAGAGUACGUAUUUCGUUUGUUCAAAAACGGAAGAUUAAAGGGGCCCGCUAAGAGGCAAAGCCACUCACUCUGCCCCUUAGGCCCCGUACGACUCUCGACCACCCCGUGUGGCGGCACGGCCACGAAACCGAAGCAAUCGUUUUAUUACAAUAAUAAGCGUAAUAAUUCAUUAUCGAGUAACCGCAGUAACUCUAAGGUAAUUGGGUAACAUCCUCCGAAAACCGGGGCCACGUGCCUGGGUUUCCCCCGAAUCUGCCCGGAAGUAUGCCAUUCCCGAAAUCCAGAAGCGACGUGGGUGAAAUUAAGUAUUCCGAAAUAAAUACACACGACGCAGACGUAUAUUAAAUUUUACUUUUAGAACUUAUAAAAAUCUACAACGAAUAUAAAACGUAUAAGCAUUUCUAAUAAUAUAAAACUGGAUAUUUGAGCUUAAAUGGACGAGCGUAUUGAUUUAUGUUAUAUUAGACAAUACGAGCUGAACAAUAAAUAUAACAUUUGAUCCCGGAAACAAACACGACACGAGUAAACUGCUGUUUAAAUGUCAUAUCCAGGAUUUAAGAAUUCGAGGAGCCUCCGCAGUUUGGAACGCGUUACUCAAUUACCCUUAGACUUACCUUAUUAUAUUUAUUAUUAUUUUAGGGUAACGCGACUGAUGGCGUUGGUGCGACCAGGGCGAUGCGUCGCCGUAAGCGCACCCCGCGGAUACGUCCCCGUAGUGUGUGGAAAGUUUUAAACGUAGAAUAAUAACAUUUGACAAUUUAAAAUUUGUUAAAAUCGUUGACGGGAGUAACGGCCGCUAAGUUGGCCGUUCUACGUUAGAUGGCGUCGUAUUCGAUCGUUGUGGGACCGCGCGUAAGUGUCGUUGUGGGAAUAGGCGGCGAUGCCACCAACUGUCACAGUUACUUUCUACCAAAGCCGACUCGACAACUCCGACGGCGCAUUAAUAAACCCAAGUGAUAUAUAACCAAUUACGACCAACAAUGCGCAUGCCUACAACAUUUGGAUAGCGAUACUAAUGACGUCAGCGUUGUCAAUGGGUGUCUUCCUGUAAAGUGCUGUAACUUUUGUCAUCGUCCGAGUGUAAUUUUAACUCGAAGUAUUAGAUUCUUCGUCCAAUUACAGGUGGUAAAUAAUAACGACGUUACGAAUAAAGAAAUUAGAAAUGCCCGCCGCCAGAAGAUUAACGUAGAGUGCGGGCAGCGAGACGGGCGUACUUUUCCAUCGCCGAUGAAUCUCUUACCCACGUGGUACAACGUUUCUCGGGGGUCCAAAUACGCGCGUCUAGAAUUAGAUAGCCUAAAAUUAAAAUGGUCCGAGUAAUUUUGAAAAGAAGGCCAUUUUGCUAGAAAAAGAAGACGACUUAAGUCCACAACCGCACAAAAUGCUGGCGUUUCCGAAAAUGAUCAAGCAAUCUCCUUUUCGAUUCGUUUCGAUAUUAACUGUAUUAAUUGUUUUUACUGUACUACUGUGGCCCGCCUACAUACAUAUAGUGGAAUGGCAAUUUUUUCACACUCACUACGUCACUCUUCAAAGUAUGGCCUCCUCCGCUUCGUGCCAGAUUCCCACGCCAAAUGCAUUCGACGAUUCGGUGAUGCGAUACGUCGUCAAAAAAGAUCCCCUGAAAUGUAAAUUCGUCCAACCGGAAUUGACCUACGUAGACUACGAAGGGGUUCUUCGUCUGAAUCGAUCCGCCAUGGCCGCUCAUCGCAUAGACGAGAGUCUGCUGUACUGUAAUUAUUCAACUUUAAGAAGAAAGCCUAACGACGACGAUCGUGUUAUAUAUGAUCCGGAAAAGAUUUUGAAUGUUUCCGCGAAAAUUAGUGACGAAAGGGAAUACGUCAACGUCAGUUGCAGUUAUAAGGAGAAGGCUAUAUAUCAGAACUACCAUUCUUACAUUCGCAAAAAGCCAGCGGUUAAACUAGUCGAUAUAAAGAAAUAUAAACCGCAGGUGUUUAUAUUUGUAAUUGAAUCCAUGUCCAGGUUGAAUAUGAUUCGCCAUAUGCCAAAGACCUACUCUUACCUCACCGAUGUCAUGAAAGUCGAGACAUUGAAAGGCCUGACUAAAGUGGCGGAUAACAGUUUCCCCAACAUGAUCGCUCUGCUAACUGGAAGGAAAGUUCGAAUGGUACCGCAAGAACUGCCCGGUAACGAGAGCGCCGGACCGUACGACCAUUGGCCAUUUAUAUGGAAGAACUUCAAAAAAGAAGGGUACGUAACGGCAUUAACCGAAGACGAGCCAGAAUAUACCAUUUUAAAUUAUUUAUCUAAAGGCUGUCUUCGCAAACCCACCGAUUAUUACCCGCGACCAUUAUGGUUGGCUUUAUCCGAAUCUUCUCUUCUGAAGAAAAGUUCCACCUAUUGUCUGGGAAAUAUUCCCACGUACACGAUUUUAUUCAAUUGGAUGAAAGAAUUUAUAGAAAAAUAUAGCCGAGAACUGUAUUUUCUCUUCUCCUUUUACAUCGCCGUUACCCAUACGAAUUUCAAUAACGCUCAAUAUUUGGACGGGGACGUCUACAAUUUGCUCAGAGAAUUGAACGAAAACGGACAUUUUCGGAACACGGUGGUAAUCGUUAUGGGCGACCACGGCAAUAGAUACGGAAAAGUUUUAACAACUUCGAUUGGUCGCAUCGAAGAACGUAUGCCCUUAUUUUCUAUAAGUAUUCCGUCAGCUUUGGAAGAACGAUUCCCCCAUUUAAGAAAAUACUUGAAAUUAAAUUCCGAUCGUCUAACGACGUGGCUGGACGUGCACUCUAUGUUAAUGGACGUUGUUAAAUCUACCUACGAAGAAAGCCCCCCGACACACGUCUGGAACACCAGAGGAUACAGCGCGUGGAGGAUGGAGAUCCCUAUAAACAGGACUUGCGAAACGGCCGGAAUUGCCGAAAAUCAUUGCGUGUGCCAAAGCGAAGCUGUAAUAUCAGCCGACGAUCCGAGAUGUUUAGAAGCAUCCAUUAUUCUAGUCGAACAUUUGAAUCAAUUAUUGGACGAUUUUAAGUUAUUCUGCGAAAAGCUUCGGUUAAUAAAAACUUUACAAGCGUCUGUAAUUUUACCGUGGAAACACCUGGUUCAAAAAGAAGGAUACGAAUUAAAAAUGAGACUGUUAGUUUCAUUGGCACCUAGCGAUGCGGUAGUAGAAGCUCUGGUGCAGAAAACGGCGUGGUCGAAGCAAUUUCGAGUGGUGGGAGACGUUAGCAGACUUAACAAAUACGGAAAUCAAUCGUCUUGCAUUCAAGACAGGGAAUUGAGGAAAUUCUGCUAUUGUAAAAGUGAAUUUACCAAGUGAUAUAUUUUAAAAAUAUAAUGUAAAGCAUUUAUACGACACCGUUCAGAUACGCAAUGGAUCCAAUAUAAACAUUCCUCUCCUCAUCCCCGACAUCCACUCGUCACAUUGUUCAUUGUCGCGUUUGUUAUAUAUUGUUACGGUUUCACACUUCAGUUAAAAUUAAAGUUUAUCGACGUUUAAAAA